AAUUGAUUUGGUAUUGCAGCGUGUACUUAAGGUCACUCUGAGGUCAUCGAAAGGCGGUUAGUUUGGUUUUCGCUACACGGGCCCUAAUUUCAGCCGUUUGUAUGCUAGAGUUUCAAUCGUCAGGACAAGUAUUCGCAUAUAUUAACUAACCUUAUAUCGUAGCACAUGGGAUCUGCCAUGCUGGAAGGUCAUAUCGUUGAUAGUGAACAAUAUGCUGGUGACAGUUUGACAUUACUUGAUGAACCCAUUCGUGACACAAUUCUUAGAUCAGCGCGCGCCGUCGGUCAGAAAUUCGCGUAUGUUCUAGUCCCACGCCAGGGACAAGGAUUACUGAAGGAAUGGGAUCUCUGGGGCCCAUUGGUUCUCUGUCUAAUUAUGUCUACACUGUUACAUAGUUCAAAUGCAGAAGGUUCUGAACACGGUGGACCAGAAUUCGCCCAAGUUUUCGUCAUAUUUUGGCUUGGUUCAGCGAUUGUGACGUUAAAUUCGAAGUUGCUUGGUGGUGCAGUGUCAUUCCUUCAGACUGUAUGCGUUUUGGGCUAUUGUAUUCUACCACUUGUAAUUGGUUUAGUUAUCUGUCGAGUACUUUCACUCACAAGUUCAAACUCAUUAUUUGUUUUUAUUGUCAGACUAUUCAUUGUCAUUUCUGGCCUAAUUUACUCUUCAUAUGCAUCAUUUAUAUUUGUUCAUCCAACAUUACCAAAGAAUCGUGUUGCUCUUUCUGUGUAUCCAAUUGUAUUAUUUUAUGUUUUUCUUUCAUGGUUGGUGAUAUCAGUUCCUAAUAAUUAAAGUUGCACGCCUAAAACUGUGGUUUUCUUUUAACUUGAACAAUAACUUCGUUAAUGUUUUUUAACUUUUGACUUUGUUAAGCACACACAGGUGUGAUAUGCAUAUACUAUAUUUUUAUAUACCUGUAUAUUUCUGUUUGUUCAUUAAAUUUCUAAAAUAAUACUCCUAUCCCCUACAUUUUAUGGUGUUGUGUAUAUCUGUAGGUCUAAAUUGCUGUUUCUUUUGUCAAAAGGAAACACCAAUUUUCCUAAGUCAAAAUUUCUAACACGUUUAUACGAUGCACGAGUAUGUACUAUGUUUGAUAUAUUUAGUUACAAAGAAAUCCGAAAUAUAUACAGUUAUAAGUAUGGCUUGACAGUUUUUUCUGUUUUAAACAAAGGAUAAUUUUUGUUCUCAAUGUUUCAUUUUUUUUCCAUAGACGAUAUAUAUAUAUAUAUA